AUGGAGCGCGCAGGACGUCACUCGAUUCGCCAGAAUUCUGGGCCGACCCCCUUGGACUCCCCCGGUUCUUCAACCGUCCGUUCCCGAGCUUCUUCAUGCUCUUCAAAAGCCCGCCCCUCGACAUCUGGCAAUCAGCCAAAGCUGAUCACCGUAGAAGCGAUGCGCGAACCACCGACCUUUCAAGCCAUGGCUCGCCGUCGUCUCUCCCAGCCUCACUCUCAAUCCCUCGAUUCGGCCCUCGUUACCCGCUCCGAGGCUUACCGGAUCCUCGAAUUUCUGCACUGCGGCAACGUGGAUAUGGGCUCCGAUUUGAAGUAUCUGUGCCAGCAUCGUAUACGCUAUUUGCUGAAUUUGACGGGAGAGGAGAGGAUGCAAAUCCGCGUACAAACGACUUGCCCCUGUGAGAGCAAAGCCUUCCACUCACCGACCGAAUUUACGGUUAAUUUGGAUGAGGAAAAGGUGGCGGAGAUAAUUUGCUCGCACUUCCCGGCAAUCAACCGAUUUGUAGCCGAAGCGAGGGCAAAAGGCGCCCACGUGCUAAUGUUUUCGCGAGACGGACGGAAUGCCUGCCAAGCAAUGGCUCUACAAUAUAUAAUGUACUAUCACAAAAUGUCCCUCGAAUGUGCAAUGCGAUAUUUCAAUACAGUUUACCCAGAAGGCGUCCAAAUCGAGGAGAACUUCAUGGGCGCCCUGAAGUUGUGGGAGAAGAAGCUCGAAAAUAACCCAGUCGACAAGCGAGAUAUUCGAUCGGCGGAAGUGCGCCGCCACGAUUGGGCCAACGUCGCCGGGGCCAAUCGACCGAUGAGCCUCGACACGUUACGUGAACACGUCUGCCCGCACGAAGAAUUAGAAGUCGUCACCAUCAAAGAACCAUGCGUGCAGGCUUACACCAAAUACGUGCGAUCCCGGAAGCCGGGCUGUGAGGGCCCGUUUCGCUCUUGUUCCGUCCGGCAGCCAAAGGUAAUCUACUACCACACCUAUAAACGGGUGAAUCGGACACGCCGGCAUACGGUACCCGAGUGUUGUCCCGGAUGGGAACGGACUGACAGUGGCUGUAAAAGAGUCGACUGCUCACCGGAUCUUUGCCAUAAUGGCGGCACUUGUCUACCAAUCCGGAACGGAACCGACCAACUCUGCGAAUGCUCAUCCGGCUUCACCGGAGCCCGCUGUCAAUACGAUGUAAAUGAAUGCCUGAUCGAGAACGGAGGCUGUGGUCACGAUUGCGUAAACACGAUCGGCACUUUCUACUGUAGAUGCUGGCCCGGAUUCAAUUUGGGCCCCGACGGGAAGGCUUGCCAGGACAUUGACGAAUGUCAGGCGUCAAAUGGUGGAUGCGCCCAUCGUUGUAUCAACACCCCGGGAGGUCAUCGAUGCGAGUGUCCGCCGGGUAAGAUGCUGCAUUCGAACGGUCGAAAGUGCGUCGAGCUGAAUACAUGCGAGGCAGACAAUGGAGGAUGUGAGCAUAUUUGUGAAGAGAGGGAGGGAAAGAUGUACCGAUGCCGUUGCAAGAAAGGAUACCAUCUUGGUGAUGACGGGAGGAGGUGCUUGCCCGUGGACCCAUGCUUGGUGGACAAGGGGGGAUGCCAACACCAUUGUGUCAAUGACAACGGCCGCGCGAGAUGCCAAUGCUUUGGGGGAUAUCGUCUCACCGGCGAUCGAAGAACCUGCACCGACGUUGACGAGUGUGAGCUGGGACUCGGAGGGUGUCAGCAUGAUUGCGUUAAUUCCUAUGGCUCCUAUAGAUGCCAAUGCCGAGAUGGGUACAUUUUGGCGGAAGAUGGACGAAGCUGCGAAGAAUCUCUAGGAGGUUGUUUGGUAGGAAAUGGUGGCUGCCAACAUGAUUGCUACGAUCAACCGGGUGGACAUCAUAUGUGCCGAUGUCGGGAUGGAUUUCAAUUGUUGCAAGAUGGAAAAGGUUGCCGUGACAUCAACGAGUGCGAGCGGAAGAACGGAGGCUGCGAUCAAUUAUGCGUAAACACGCCCGGGUCGUAUAAUUGUGAGUGCAAGCCCGGCUUCAUUUUGACGUACGAUGGGAAGACUUGUGAAGACAUUAAUGAAUGCGUGGCGAACAAUGCGGGGUGCCAGCACGAUUGCAGGAAUCGGGAUGGAGACUAUGAAUGUGUUUGUCAGAAGGGAUUCGUGCUGGCUGAGGAUCGGCAUUCUUGUCAUGACAAAAACGAGUGCCUACUAAAUAAUGGCGGUUGCUCACAGCUGUGUCGAAAUGUGGAAGGUGGCCAUCGGUGUGAAUGCUUCAGCGGAUAUACGCUUGGGAAUGACGGCAAGAUGUGCAUUUCGACCCUCGAUGGACCCCAGUCGCUCAAUCAAUGCGAGAAUGGGCACUUUGGCCCGAGCUGCCAGUAUUCCUGUUUGGACUGCCGGAAUGGAGCCAGUUGUCACGACAGUCACCCGGCUUGUGAGUGUGCUCCCGGAUAUAUGGGGACGACGUGCGAGGACUUAUGCCAAGAAGGGACAUGGGGUCUCGGCUGCAACAAUAUUUGCGGCUGUGAGGGUUCGGCCUGUGAUCCGGUGACGGGCGCCUGCACUUGUACUUCUGGAGACUGUGUCAAAAGCCCAUGCAAGCGCGGCCUCUACGGUCCGCAUUGUAACCUGCCAUGCCGAGCUGAGUGUCCAACCGGUGGCUGUGAUCCCGUUUUUGGUGACUGUCCGUGCGCCCCUGGCAGCUACGGCCCGAAUUGUGAUCGGCCGUGCCCGGGCUUUGCAUUCGGCACAAAUUGCCGUCACUCGUGUCGCUGUGUACGCGAGAAUACGCAGUCGUGCGACGCAAAGACAGGAAAAUGCAAAUGCAAGCCCGGUUUUUACGGACCAUUCUGCAAACGCCCGUGCCCAUUUGGAUUCUAUGGACCUUUGUGUUCGAAGAAGUGCUCUUGCCCCUCCGGCACUCGCUGCGACCCUUCAACCGGUGACUGCUCCCCGGAAUGCCCGGCUGGGUACACCGGAACCGACUGUCAGCAGCCCUGCCCGCCGGGUCGCUUCGGCCCGCGUUGCGAGGGGAAAUGUGGAUGCCCCGAAGAUCAACCGAAAGUCUGUCACCACAUCACCGGCAGCUGCACAUGUCCGGCAGGGUUGACCGGAGAGCACUGUGAUACUAAUUGCCCACCAGGACUGUACGGGCCGAACUGCGCCUCGGAAUGCCAGUGCAGACAUGGCGCGGCGUGCGACGCAAAAGACGGCACUUGCCAAUGUCCACCCGGAUACUAUGGAGCGACUUGCUCGGAAGUUUGUCCGGCCGGGCGUUACGGGACGGAAUGCAUGCAUCUUUGCGACUGUCACAAUGGGGCCGCGUGUAGUGUCAUUGAUGGAAGCUGCACAUGCCAACUCGGCUACACGGGAAAACGCUGUGAAGUCGGCUGCCCGCGUGGAACCUAUGGAGACAAUUGUGCAAAGCAAUGCGAAUGCGCGGGACAUAUGACUUGCGAUCCGGUGGAUGGGGAGUGCAUUUGUCCGCCAGGAAAGAGGGGCCAGGACUGUGCGGAAUCCUGCGCGGUCGGCACGUUUGGAGCGGGCUGUAAGGGCAACUGCUCGUGCCAAAAUGACGGGAAAUGCGAUCCGAUCACUGGAGGCUGCAAGUGCAAACCAGGAUGGCGGGGCAAGAAGUGUGAAAGACCGUGCUCCGACGGCCACUUUGGGGCUGAUUGCCGUCAAAUAUGCGAUUGUUCAACUAGCAAUGACACCGAGCUGUACAACCCGUUCUCGGCCCGCUGCGACCCUGUGACCGGGGAAUGCCGUUGUGCCGGUGGAUGGGCCGGGCCUGACUGUUCAACACCAUGCCCGUCAGGGAGAUGGGGACAAGGCUGCAAGGCUGAGUGCAAAUGCUCGAAUGGAGCAAGCUGCGAUCGAGUGACCGGAUACUGCGACUGCCCCACCGGCUACAUGGGAAAGAACUGUGAGACGGAGUGUCCAUCCGGUCUAUUCGGCCCGAACUGCAUCAACCAUUGCCUGUGCAUGAACAGCGAGGGUUGUGACUCGAAAACCGGGAAAUGUCGAUGCCAGGAUGGGUUCACCGGGCCCGCCUGCGAGUUCUUGUGCCCGUUCGGUCAAUACGGGCCGGCCUGCUCGAAGAAGUGCGACUGUCUAAAUGGGGCAAGCUGCAACCGGACGAGUGGACAGUGUAGCUGUUUGCCAGGUUGGCAGGGCGAGAGAUGCGAGGUGCCCUGCUCUUCCGGUUUGCACGGGUUGAAAUGCGAGGAGGUGUGCCAAUGCGAAAAUGGGGCCUCGUGCGACCCGAUCAGUGGACAUUGCAGCUGCGCACCCGGCUGGAGAGGCAGAAAAUGCCAGCGACCCUGCCUGAAGGGCUACUACGGGCGGAUGUGUUCCCAGGCUUGUAAAUGCUCGAAUGGCCGUCCGUGUGAUCAUAUCACGGGUAGAUGCCAAUGUCCGAAGGGAUUUACAGGGCACAGUUGUACUGAGCUAUGCCCUGAAGGAACCUACGGCGAGACGUGUCGUCACAACUGCACAUGUGGAGACAAUGAAGUGUGUGAUCCCCUGAGCGGUAGAUGCCAUUGCCGACCUGGGCAUUCUGGCGACGACUGCAAGGAGGGCUGCGUGGCCGGACGGUUUGGUGUAGACUGCGAACAGACUUGCCAAUGCCAGAAUGGAGGGGUUUGCGACCCGGUGAGCGGUGGCUGUAAGUGUGCUCCGGGAUUUAUUGGGACACGGUGUGAGGUGGAAUGUCCAUCCAAUCGAUAUGGGGAUAGUUGUGAGAAGGAAUGUCGAUGUGAGAAUGGCGGUACCUGCGAUCGGGCGAAUGGCCAGUGCAAAUGCGCGCCAGGAUUUACGGGGAUGGCCUGUGAACAGAUUUGCCCUCAAGGCCGUUUUGGUGCGGGUUGCAAAGAAAAGUGCAAAUGUGCCAAUGGGGCCCACUGCGAUCCGGCUACGGGCACUUGCAGAUGCAACCUUGGCUAUACGGGCCCGAACUGCGAGCAGACAUGUUCGGCCGGGAAGUACGGGAUGAACUGCUCGCUGGAUUGUGAGUGUCAUGGGGAUGCGAGAUGUGAUCCGGUACAGGGAUGUUGCGACUGUCCGCCCGGCCGCUACGGGACGCGUUGUCAGUUUGUAUGCCCGGCGGGUUUCUUCGGGUGGUAUUGCUCACAGGCUUGCCAUUGUCACAAUGGGGCAACAUGUGACCCGGGCGAUGGAAGAUGUUUGUGUCCACCCGGAUAUAUUGGAGACCACUGCGAGAUGUCGUGCCAGAACAACACGUAUGGGCCGGGUUGUCGAUUGAAUUGUGAUUGCGGGGCUUUUGGGUGUCGGCCACAUGAUGGCACGUGUGAUUGUCCACCCGGGAAGAUGGGUCCGAAAUGUGAACAGAACUGUCGAGCCGGACGUUACGGUGAAGAUUGUGAGCAUAAAUGCCAAUGCUAUAACGGAGCCUCAUGCGAUCGACGGACGGGCCGAUGUCAUUGUGCCCCCGGAUACCUAGGGCCCACCUGUCAAGUCGAGAUUAGAGACGACAACAGCAUUCCCGAUCGCGGCGACCUACCGGACGACUAUGACCCAAGGAUCGAGUGGCGCCAAAAAAGGGCACUUUUUAAUGUGACUAGUCUCCUCCUUGAGGCGGAAGAA